CUCUCACAUUGUAACACUAACACUGUUUAUUCUUUAUGAUUUUAGCAUUUAGUCUGGGAUAUUUACGUUGGAAACAAGCUCAACUCUAAUCCUAACUUUUACGGGUGGUGAUCAUUGAUAAACUCUGAUUAUCAAAAGAGAAGAAGAGUUUGAAAAGAAGACAUAUAUCAAUGGGUAGACGAGUCACACGACGUGACCAAAUGCAAUACAAUACACUUCAUUUUUGCAAUCAUGUAUACUUAAUACAUAUCUUACUACUAACCAAAAUUUUGUCUCAAACGAAUGAUAGAUACUUAGAUAGAUAAAUGCACCUAUACAUGCAUAAUAGUAAUAUCUAACUCUGUAAGAUCAAGAAGAGAACUAUGAAGAGAUGGAUAAUACUUUAAGUAAUUGGGGAAAAUCAAUAAUUAAUGUAAUAAGAUUCGUGGGACGGCGGGAGCAAAGUCUGAGUGUGAGAGUAGUGUGUGUCAGACAGAGUCGAGAGCAAACCCAUUUUCUCUCUCAUACGAAGAAUCCAUCAAAGCAGCGAAGCCACACACCAAAUACGUGUGUAUCUCUCUCUUUUCUAUAUAUCCCACUAAAGUGAUCAUUUUUAAUUUUAUUUAAAAUUCUCUUUUUUCGUCUUCUUCUUGCUUUUUUUUUUUCUAAAAACCAGCUUUACCUUUCCACACACACAUACACCUUUCUUCUCUCUCUCCUUUUAGCUUCUUCUUCCUUCUCCUUUCGAUCAGCUUGAAAUUUAUUUUCAUAGCCAUGGACACUGCUAAAUGGCCUCAGGAGUUUGUUGUGAAGCCCAUGAACGAGAUCGUGACAAACACCUGCUUGAAACAGCCGAAUCCUGCUGCCGCUGCUGGUGCUGUGGCCGUAGAGCGGAAGGCAAGACCGGAGAGAGAUCAGGCUUUGAACUGUCCGAGAUGCAACUCCUUAAACACCAAGUUCUGUUACUACAACAACUACAGCCUGACGCAGCCCAGGUACUUCUGUAAGGACUGCAGGAGGUACUGGACCGAAGGUGGGUCCCUUAGGAACAUCCCCAUCGGCGGUGGCAUCAGGAAGAACAAGAGGUCUUCCUCCUCCUCUUCCUCCAAUUCCAAUUCCUCUUCACCCUCGUCCUCUUCUUCGUCUUCUAAGAAGGCUCUUUUGGCCAACACGCCACAUGCCAUCCCUAAGACUGGUGAGAAUGCACAGGAGCAGGCGGCUUCGGCUAAAGCUCGAGAGUUGGCCUUCUCUCAGGGUUUUGGGAACGCCCACGAGGUUAAAGAUCUCAACUUGGCCUUCUCUCAAGGGUUUGGGAUUGCUCACCAUCAUCACCAUCAGCAGAGUAUUCCUGAGUUUCUGCAAGUAGUUCCCAGCAGCAGCAUGAAGAGCAACCCGCUUGUCUCAACCUCAUCCGCUUUGGAGCUUUUAGGGAUCUCUAGCUCCCCAUCCAACUCCUCUAAUCCACGCCCUGCUUUCAUGACUUACCCUAAUGUCCACGAUCCAUCGGUUUACACAGCAGCAGCAGCAGCAGGGUUUGGUCUGAGUUUUCCACAGUUUCAAGAGUUUAUGAGACCAGCUUCGGGGUUCUCUCUUGAUGGAGGGUAUGGUGAGGGGUCCAGUGGCACUAAUCAUGGAAGGCCUUUGCUGCCAUUUGAGAGCCUGAAACUCCCAGUUUCAUCAUCAAGCACCAAUAGUGGUGGCAAUGGGAAUGGGAAUGAUCAUCAGCACAGUGAUCACGAACAUGAGAAAGAAGAAGCAGAAGCUGACCAGAGUGCUGGGUUUUGGAGUGGCAUGCUAGACGCUGGUGCUUCUGCUGCCUCUGCUGGUGGGUCAUGGCAAUAAUUAUUGUCGAGGAAAAAAGAAAGCUAAAGGUUUAAAAUUUUCAUCCAAAUUUUAAAAGAUGAGGUUUAACUAUACCACUGGGUGAUUACUAUAUUAGUCUCAUUUCCUUUGGUUUUGUUCUUAAUUAUUAACUUUGUUGAGUUGGGGAUGGAUACUGUAUGACUUUGUAUUUAACUCAAAUCUCAGUUCUUCUGUUCGGUACCUAAAAUGACUAGGAUGGUUUUGGCUUAAUAAAUAAAAAAUAAAUUCAUCAAAUAUAUAUAUAUAUAUAUAUAUAUGUUGUGGUUAGGUAUCAGCGCAUCACUAACCAUUUUAGCAACCAAA